AUGAAGCAGAGAAGCCGCACAGAGAGCCCGCCAGAUCCCGCAGUCCAGCGAGAUGGAGAUGCACAGGGCGAUUUCGAGACGAUAGACACAAGAGGGAACCUCCAGCGUAUCCCUACGGCAGUGGAUGACGGUGCGGAUGGUUUCGUCGGCGCUACAUCCCCAAUUACCUUACGAAGAACUGCAUCGUCUCGUCGCGAACCGUCGGCGAUUCUCGAGAGCGCAGAGUCAUGCGUUGCUACUCCCCCAGAACACCUCCCGUCCGAACUGAAGCUAUCUCACCAUGCGACGAGGCUGUAUACCAUCUCCUACCUGAUCUUCUUUUCGAUUCUCGGUACCUUGGCUCGUAUUGGACUGCAGGUCUUAACGGAGUAUCCCGGCGCGCCAAUCACCACCGGUGUGACCUGGGCGAAUGUCGGAGGUUGUCUGCUCAUAGGCUUCUUCGCGGAAGAUAGGAACAUUUUUCACGAAGAAUGGGGGAACGGCCGUGGCAGAAGGGAGAAAAAUAAUGGAAAUGGCGAUCAGCUACGUCAAGGCGCAGGUUACGAUGGCAAUGGCAAUGGCAAUGGCGACGAGGAUGAGGAUGAGGAUGUAGAUGGAUGGUUGGCGAGACACAAGGCAGUUAAAAAGACGAUACCGUUAUACAUUGGUCUAACGACUGGAUUCUGUGGCUCGUUCACCUCCUUUUCAUCGUUCAUCCUCGAUGCAUUUCGUGCAUUGUCAAAUACCCUACCGAAUCCCAAUACGGGGUCUAUUGCGCCUCGCAAUGGUGGAUACAGCUUCAUGGCAGUUUUGGCAGUGAUACUAUACACGCUGUUACUCUGUCUAUCCUCGAUAGUGGUUGGAGCUCAUCUCGCCGAUGGGCUUUCUUCAUUCACGCCAACGGUUCCAUUCAAGUUUAUCCGCAAGGUUCUCGAUCGUCUCGUCGUUGUUUUAGCAUUCGGCUGCUGGAUCGGAGCUAUAUUCCUUGCCAUCUGGCCGCCAGACCGGCAUAAUCCUUUACGAGAGCAACAUUGGCGCGGUUCAGCAGUAUUCCCCAUUAUAUUCGCUCCUCUAGGAUGUCUGUUUCGAUUUUACGCUUCUAUAUAUUUUAAUCCGCUUAUCCCAUCGUUCCCGCUUGGGACGUUUCUUGUCAAUAUGAUCGGGACUCUGAUCCUAGGCAUGUGCUUUGAUCUACAACAUGCGGGCAAUCUUUUUGCUAGGAUCGACAAGGAUGGUUUACCUAAUUUUCAUCAUCUGCUUGGGUGCCAGAUUCUAAAGGGUGUUAUUGAUGGAUUCUGUGGGUGUACGACUACAGUGAGCACCUGGAUUGCUGAGCUACAUAGUCUGGAUUUGAAGCAUGCCUAUCGGUAUGGGCUGUUGAGCAUCGGUCUAGGACUUGCUUUCUUGGUGGUUGUCGUUGGCACGAUGCAUUGGACAAUUGGGCUGGCGCAACCGACUUGUUAG